GUUCGAUUCCACCCUCAGGUGACUGGCUGUAUGGAGUUUGCACGUUCUCCCAGUAUCUGUGCCGGUUUCCUCCAGAUACUCUGGUUUUCUUCCAUCAUUCAAGGAUGUGUGGAUUAGUCUGGGAAAUGUGGGGUUACAGGGUAGGGUGGUGGACCUGGAUGGGGUGCGCUUCGGAGGGUUAGUGUGGUCUCGAUGUGAGUUUGCUCGCUGAGCUGGAAGGUUGGUUUUCAAACGUUUCGUCACCAUUCUAGGUAACAUCAUCAGUGAGCCUCCGACGAAGCGCUGGUGUUUUGUUCCGCUUUCUAUUUAUCUGUUUAGGUUAGUGUGGUCUUAAUGAGCCGAAUGGCCUGCUUCCACCUGUAGGGUUUCUAGGAUUCAAACACUAGAUGUGAAAUUGGGGAAAAUAACAGUAUCGUGUCCGCUGUGUAAUUUUUCACCAGUGUUACAUUGAGUUCCGAAUGAGAUGUUGACAUUAGUAAUCUGGUCCACUCCCCAGUCCCGUGGGUCUAUCACUGCCUGUGAAAGGUCUGUUUGGUAUGCGUUGGUAGAGAACACAGCCUUUGGUGGUGACUACUGAGAGCUGGUGAAACACGAGAGUGCGGACAGCUACAGACAACGUUUGUUUCCGCUUCGAUCUGGCGGCUGCGUCAGUCAAUGUAGCUCUGUGACAGCCCACAGUGUUCAGCUGAGGGAAUUGAAGUAGCCUUGAACUCACGUUGGAGGAAUAACAGUGCAAAGCAUUCGCAAUCAAUCUCACCAACACGUGUGUGUGUGUGCAAAUGUGGAAGUAGCUCCAGGCGCCUGAUUUUUCCGAACACACUGUGGGUCCAGCACGCCUUCACAGCUGAAUGCAAAAAGGAACUGAGUACAAGAGAACGAGAAAGACAUUCAGAAUGGGAGCAGUGAUGGGUACGUUAUCCCUGCCAACAAAACAGAGGAGACAUUCAAGAGAUAAGGUUGAAGAUGAGCUGGAAAUGGCCACAGUUUGCCAUCGGCCUGAGGGCUUACGACAACUUCAGGCCCAGACCAACUUCAGCAAGCGAGAGCUUCAGGUGCUCUACAGGGGCUUCAAGAACGAAUGUCCCAGCGGAGUUGUCAAUGAGGAGACCUUUAAGCAGAUUUACUCACAAUUCUUUCCACAGGGAGAUGCCAGCAUGUAUGCACAUUACCUCUUCAAUGCUUUUGACAGUGCCCAUAAUGGAUCCAUAAAAUUCGAGGACUUUGUGAUGGCUCUCUCAGUGUUACUGAGGGGUACUGUUCAUGAGAAACUCAGAUGGACAUUUAACCUCUAUGACAUUAAUAAGGAUGGAUAUAUCAACAAAGAGGAGAUGACUGACAUUGUAAGAGCUAUCUACAACAUGAUGGGGAAGUACACCUAUCCUGUGCUCAAGGAUGAUGCUCCACGCCAUCAUGUGGAUGUCUUUUUUCAGAAAAUGGAUAAGAACAAAGAUGGUGUGGUAACGCUGGAUGAGUUUAUAGAAUCUUGCCUCCAGGAUGAAAAUAUCAUGAGAUCUUUGCAACUCUUUGAAAAUGUGAUGUAACCAUUCAGAUGGUGAAAAUGCAGAGCUCCCAGACAGUGGGAUAUUCACCAGACAAUUUGAGAGAGGGGUUCUGCCUGGACCUUUCCUCUGUUUAUGCAUGCUUCCUGCUGGAGUAGUGUCUAACCAGAAAGAGAUUCUGAUACAAUGUUUUCUACAACAAAAAGCCCAUACAUGUACAAAGAACUUUUAACAAGCCAUUUUUGAUGAAAGCAAGAUGCAAUGUCAAAAUGUGUAAAUGGGAAUCAGAGAUUAUUUCCACAGCUGGUGUAUUAAUCUGAUUGCCAUCCAAACAAACUCGGAGCACAAGUAUGGAACUCAAUACAUUCCAUUUAUUUUCAUUCCUUUCGUUUUAUCUUUACACUCUUUUCUUUGUUUCUUAUUCCUUCCUCCCUGCCUCAUUUUUCACUCUUUCUCCUGAAAUUGUCUUACUUAUUUAUCAUUGUCUGUUGCUUUUAUUAUCUGUCUGCUCAUCAGCCCAUCCUCUCUUAUCUUUUACUGUCUACUCCCGUCAGUCCUCAAUUCUGCCCUUGUUUCUUUCUUAUGCACCCUUUUAAUUUCUUGCUCCUUUCCCAUACUCUCUCUUUCUCUUUCCUUUUCUGCCAAACUUGCCUUGUUCCUCUCUGUACUCCUGUGUCCUUUCCAUUUUCUCAAUCAGUCCUCCUUUCGUCUAGACACCAGCAGCUCACUGUUCUCCGUAUUGUGUAGGCUCCAUUUUUUCCUCUUCAAGAUGUCAUCAACUAUCUUAAAUUCAAUUUUUCGAUUGUUUCAUUUUCUGUUUCUGAGACCUGGAUUCAUCAGAUUGAGCAAUUUUUAUAAGUCUGCCUUUCUCAAACCCAGAAUGAAGCAAAAUGGCCAAUGCAAUUAUAAAUUAUUGUUUUGUAUACACUCUGCAAAGCAAUGGGCAGAGAUUGGCAUGGACUCUGACAGCUGUGAUAUUUCGCAGAAUGUAAUAUGUCACAUCAUUUGUUGUUAGUAUUAUAUGUCAUUAAAUGAAUAAAUUCUUGAA